AUGACGAUCCACUCGCCUCUCGUUGCGAACACUGUCGUAUCCACUCGCUCGCCUGCUCGCGGCGACUUGGGGCGCUACGUCUUUCGCAAGAACUUACGCGACACGUUGUAUGGCGAGACGGCGUUGUACCACGACACGCACCUCCAGAAACUAGUGGUGCUCAAGCGCAUUAGUCUCUCGCUCUUGCACCAGCACCAGCAGCAACAACAACAACAAGAAGAAGACGACGAAGAAGAACGAGACGAGACCGCGGGUACGGUUAGGGAAGAUCCGCUGAACGAACGCGCUGUGAUGCAGCUGCUCGACGACCCGUUGCUCGCGUGCGCGCCCGGGCGCACUUCCAUUGUAGCCUACGAGCGCGAGGGCUUUUUUGCCGUCCAAGACAGUGUCUUUGUAGCCAUGGAGUUCUGUACAGGCGGCGACCUCUACGACUAUGUCACGGCGCAGCCCACGCGUCGGCUACAAGAGACCGACGCGCUGGCGCUCGUUGCGCAAGUGGCGUCGGGGCUGAGCUUUCUCCAUGCCAUGGGCGUGGCCCAUCGCGACCUGUCGCUCGAGAACGUGCUGCUCGAGAACGGACGGGCGAAACUCUGUGACUUUGGCGUCAGUGUGACGACCGCCCACGACGACUGCGCGUCGCAGCGCGUGGGCAAAUACUACUACAGGGCGCCCGAAGUGGGCCACGGCGCCAAGAGGUACGACCCCAAGGCCGCGGACGUCUGGUCCCUCGGCGUCCUCCUGUUGAUCCUCCUCACGGGCUCUCCGCUGUUUGUCGACGAGCAGGCGCGGGCCCCGACGUUGCGCGUGCUGCAGAAGUACGGCGUGGGCAAACUCCUCGAGCUCUGGGGCGUGCGCCAAGACGUGUCCACGUCGACGGUCAAGUUGCUCGCGUUGAUGCUCCAAGUGGAGCCAUUGCGACGGGUUAGCGCAGACGACGUGGCACACCACCCACUUUUGCAACCACGCGCGUGCGUGACCGUCGGGCCGACGGCCCCCUGCACGGGAAUCAAAUGUAGCCAAGUGGGUACGAUAUAA